AUGUCAGCCUCCAAAACGGACUUGAAGCUUCUUCUUGUUGCAAAGCGCAACAAAGUUAUAUUUGCUGAAGCAGGGAAACUUUGUCGAUUUCCUUCUGAAGCUGCUUGCUUUGCCUUUGGGUACUGUCAUUCGGCUCCUCGCAAAAUCAACAAUGACCAUCCCGGGUUUGUGUCCGAUAUUCAGAACUCUGUUUGCAGUAACUGCAGAUCACGAUGCAAUCGUACUCGCUACAUGAAUCAAGAAGUGAAAGUUGUUGAUACAAAUUCUUCCACCUCCACAGAUAGACAUGUGAAAUUUGUUGCUACAAAUUGUUCCACCCCAACAGAUGGACCAACCAGUUAUCUGGGAGAUAGACCAACCAGUGAUCAAGGAGGGUAUGUGAAGGGUUCGGUCAGAUACAUGGUGACAGAUGAUCUAUCAGUGUCUCCAAUUGCUCUUGAGGAAAAGGUUGUCGAGUUUGGGAUUAGUCAGGGUCUGGAAUUGUUGAAGGCUUCUCUUUGGUCAAAUGGUGCUUUGACUGCUGUUUUUCUUCUAAAUCAGAAGGUCAGAGAUGCUGAACCAUCAAAAUAG